CUCCUCUAACCAGAGCCUCAGGAGCCAAUAGAGCAGCUGGAGAGGUGAUCAAAGUCUCUCUCAGGUUGCAGCUUUAAUGCACUUCCCUGUGCAGCACAGUACUGCCUGUAAUUGCUAAACAGUAAAUAUCUGUCUCUUUGAUCUGCUGAUGAAGAAGCUCAGAGAGGCUAGUUUGCUUUUCACAAGAAUGGAAAGUUCCCUGAGGCCCAGAGUGGAGACAGCCACUAUGGUUUACAGCCUUCUCUGCUUGGUGCAUUUCAUGCUGUGACCUCACAAAGAACCACUUUGAUGUAAGAAUGAGUGUCCUCUGUAUAAGACAGUGGACCAGCCUGUUGAAUUUGUCCAUAAGGACCAGGGAGCAGGUUAACGUUGACCUGUGGGACUCCUUGAUAACUGUGCAUUUUGUUACUUGACGGGUUAUUGUACCUCACAACUUGUGUUCACCAGAUCACAGGGAAUGGACAUCAAUUCUAUUAAGAAGACUUUGGGCAGUCAGUAUAGGGUGGCUUUCUUUCUUGGACAGGGUUCAUAUGGUAGUGUGAAAUUGGCCUGGCACCGGAGAACACAGGCCCUGGUUGCCAUCAAAACGGUAGAGAUCAGCAAGAAGACCAUCAGGGCGAUCCUGUCCGAAAUGACCACUUUGGAGUUACUGCACCAUCCAAAUAUAAUUUCCCUCUUCCAGAUCCUGGUUACAGCGAACCAGAUUCAUUUUAUAUUACAAUAUGCUCCAGGAGGCAACUUAGUAGAACUAAUAAGUGAGGAGGGCCCACUGCCAGAAGAAAAGGCGAAGAAAAUGUUCGGACAGGUCGUAUCUGCCAUUAGACACUGCCAUAGUCUGGACAUUGCCCAUCGCGACAUCAAGCCACAGAAUAUACUGAUAGAUGGAGAGGGCAAUGUUAAGCUGAUCGACUUUGGCCUGGCAGUCAAAUGCAGACCUGGUACAUUACUGAGUAGGCACUGUGGAACCAGGGGCUUUAAUGCCCCAGAACUGGUAUUAAGGCAGCCAUAUGAUGGCAAGAGUUCUGAUGUGUGGAGUUUGGGUGUACUCCUAUACUUCAUCACCACUGGCUUCUUUCCCUUCAGAGGAAACACCAUCGAUGAGAUUGAGCAAAAGAUUACAACGGGGACCUAUACCAUUCCACAUCACCUGUCUGGACAACUCGAAAACCUCAUACAUCAAAUAUUCACGGUAUCUCCAGAGAUGAGGCCCUCUGUAGAGGAAAUUGAAAAUCACCCAUGGAUCAAGAAAUGUGAGUUAAAAAUCCCGCCCAUGACUGACCCAGAUUACAAAAUUAUAGAAAUGCUCUGUGGCAUGGGGUAUAAGGCCAAUGACAUCUUGGAAUCCCUCCAAAAGAAAAGAUACGAUGAACCAAUGGGGGCAUAUUUGAGCUUAAAAAAUCAUGUAAGCGAAGGGUAUGAUCUUGCAUCUAUCACUCCAGCCAAGCCUGGGGAUCCGUGCCCUCCGCCACCCCCAUCACCAGCACAUGCCUCUGUCUUUGGCCUUCCUCUCAGGAGAAGAGCCAGUGAGCCCAACUUUGGCCUCCUCCACAGACAGCCCUCAAGAGAACAGAAUCCUCUUGACCUGAUUCUAUCAGGACUCAAUAUGGGCAGGUGUGUCUCCAUGCCUCCCAUUGCAGUAUACUAUCCUAAGAAGCAGAAAAGCACUUCUACCCGUGCCCUCCACUCAAGACCUGUGGCUUCCCCAUGCGUCUACAACAACAUGUUGGGAGUUGAAAUAAUCCUGCCACCUAAGCAGGACAUUGAGAUGAAUAAUACGUCAUCUCCCCCUCAGACGAUGGGAUGGUUUAAGAGAUUCCGCAAAGGAAUAAGGGACUGUCUCUCAAGACUUUGCUGCCUCCCAAGGGCUCCAAAGAAAAAAACCCAGCAUAGAUCCUCCAAGAGAGUGGCCCCCCUGAAAAAGGCAGCAAGCAGUACCAUAUAAAAAGGUAAGCUAAUGUGGGAGGGUGCAUCUCCACUCGGAAUUUUAUUGUCUCUGUCUUUAUUCAUGUAUUCUCACUGGAAAUAUCAGAAGAGUAU